GGCCAUGGAGAGCUUCAUGGAGUCCCUAAACAGGCUGAAGGACAUCCAUGAGAAGGAGGUCCUGGGCCUGCAGAACAAGCUUCUGGAACUGAACUCAGAGCGGUGCCGGCUGCGGGCCGGCCUGUGCGACCGCUGCACUGUCACCCAGGAGCUGGCCAGGAAGAAGCAGCAGGAGUUCGAGAGCUCCCUCCUCCAGAACCUGCAGCACCUCUUCAUCCUCACCAAUGAGAUGACCCGACUGCAGGAGGAAAAUGAGACCUUGAAGGAAGAGGUGGCCCGGCUUCGGGGCCUGGGACCCAAGCCCCAGUGCAGGGAGAGCUCCUCGGACCCCUCCUCACCCCCCCUGCUCAUCUCCCCGGGCCCCUGGAAGGCCAGCACCGAGAAGCUGCCAGGAGGCCACGAGGAGGCCGAGGACCACCCCCUGGAUGCCAGUCCACGGGGAGAAGAAAAGCUGGAGCACAGGAUGUCUCCAGUGGCCAAAAUCUCCCCGGGUGCCAACCUGCCCGAGCCACGGGCCUCAGACAUGAGCCCCCAGCAUAUCUCCAACCAGCUGCACGGGACCAUUGCCGUGGUGCGGCCGGGGGCCUGGGCCUGCUCCGCUGACCGGGGCUCCGCCAAUGGGACGCCCUCUGCCCAGAGCAGCCCACCCAGCCCGCCUUACGAGCACAGCCUCUCCCUGGACAGCUUCCUGCGGGCCUCUCGGGCCUCCGCCCGGCCCCAGUCCCUGAAGCACGCCCUCCAGACUGACCGCCUCUGCCUCCUGAACCGCCCUCUGUCCCUGCACCUUCGGAGCCCCCAAAGCAGCCCCCGGGCCCCCGCCGCAGCCCCUGGCGGUCCCCAGCCCCAGAUCCUGAAGGCCAGAGAGGCAGAGGCCUGGGAGGUGCCCUCGGGGCUACUGGGCCCACCGGGCACCCUGGUGGACAUGCGGGAUCCUCGGCUAGAGGGAGCACUGGGCCUGCUCCUGGCCCAGCAGCUGCAGGCACGAAGACAGGCUGGUGGUGCCAGGAUGAGGGGGCCUCCCAGGCCAGGGGAGACACCGCCCUCCCCUCCAAUCUGUUCGGACUCUGAGGGGUCAGAGGGCGAGGUGGCCGGGGCAGCCCUGCCCAGGAGGCGGCACCAGCAGCCCACAGGCCCAGGCAGCCCCAGCGGACAGGAGGCCACAGCCACAGAGGGCCUUGUUCCAGACAAGCCCCUGGACCUCUCUGAGUGGGGGCGGGGCCGUGAUGCCCCCAAGCCCGUGGGCCGGCCAAGGAGGUUCAGCCCCAAAACUGCCCACACUCCCAGCCCUGAGCCGCCCCAGGGAGCCAAGCCACUUGCCCAGUCUGGCCCUUGGGGGCGAAGCAACGGCACCAAGGGGGCCAGAGCACCAGGGCCAGAAGCGGCCACCCCGCCCGAGGACUCCCCACAUCCUCUCCCAGAGCCCCAGCCUAGCCUGCCGUCUCCAGGCAGGACAGAAGAUGAGUCCAGAGAGAGGUCAAAACCGUCCCCCCACCCACAGAGUCCUGAUGCCAAUGGCCACCCAGGUAAGGCUUCCUCAUCUGCAGAGUUGUGGCCACUCAUCCUGGUCUGGCAGGCUAGAACAAGCCCUGCUUCCACCAGACCCCCGGGCCACCAGCCUGGCCUGACCCACGCCCUGCACCCCGCAGAGCUCAGCAAGGCCCAGGCACAGCGACCGCUGUCAGACAAGCUGGAUGAGCCAGACGCCUCGGACAGUGAGCCUCCAAGAAGCUGUCCUGAGGGAGAAGGAACCCCAGGGGAGCCCCUGACACCAGCUGAAAGGCCCAGGAGCCCAAGACCCCAAGGACGACGGCCCCUCACCCAGCAACAACAUCUGGGAGGGGCCCUAUCGCGCUCCCCGCCGAGGCCAGGACAGCCCGCACCACCAGCCCAGCCCAGCUCAGGGGGAAGGGAUUGAAUCCUGGCCACAUCCAGAGGGGCUGGGAAGGCCGAGAGGGAGUCUAUAGCUGGUUUUCGGAACCCUUCUUCUCUACCCAUCUUGAUGACUGGCUGGACCUGUCAUCCCACCUUCUCCCCAGCACCUUCUCCCUUGCGGGGAACAGGAAUUGAGAAGCACAGGAGGCAGGGAUCCUCAGGCCCUAGCCCAGCCCCACCCCUGCAGCACAGAGACAGCCCUUACCGGGCAGCGCCCCCCCCCCCCCCCCAUCCCUCCCUCUCUACUCCACUGGCAUCCCAGACUCCAAGGGCCCUGCACUCUUGGCCACCCCUUCCCUGAGGGGCAACGGAGCUGCAAGCAUCGGUCUCCAGCGCCCCCUCGUGGAAUCCUGCAUACAGACGCUGGGCAUUGAGGGCCUAGUAGGGCUCAGGGAGGCUGAAAGGCAGUGGCUUGAGGCCUUCGCAGAUAGGGUCCUCAGGGUGCUGGGAGAAUAAAGGUGCAAAGAAGGAUGGCCUAUGUGGCUAGCAGGGUCAGGGUCAGGGUCAGCCCUCUGCAUGACCCAGUAUUCCACCCUCAGCAUCAGGCUAUUCUGCCCCCCAGGCCGUUGUCUCUUUAAGAGGGUGUAUCUCAGAGGCCUCCAGGAAAGGAGCUUACACUGUUCCUGGGCCCACCCAGGCCCACUGGAUCAGGAUUUAAGAAGCUCCAAGUGGCUUCUGGCUGGUGUAGCUCAGUGGAUAGAGCAUCGGCCUGCAGACUGAAGGGUUCUGGGUUCAAUUCCAGUCAAGGGCACAUGCCUGGGUUGCAGGCUCCGUCCCCAGUGUGGGGCGUGCGGGAGGCAGCCGAUCGAUGUGUCUCUCUCACAUCAUAUCGAUGUUUUUCUCUCUGUGUGUGUGUCUACCCCUCCCUUCCACUCUCUAAAAAUCAAUGGAAAAAAUAUCCUCUGGUGAGGAUUAACAAAAAAAAAAAUACAAACCAACAAAAAAACCUCCAUUUCCAUCUGACUUGCAGGCCUGGGUGGUGAAGCCUCUUGGGCACUUUGGAAGGGCAGAGGGAAAAGAAAGGACAGGCUGGGCAGUGGGUGGGCCUGGCUGUGCUGGCAAUGAGGCCACUAGGAGGGAUACGCCAAGGUGAAAGGCGGGUAAGGGGCCUGCAGGGGAGCAGGCCAUGCAGCGGGCCCUGAUUGAUGAUGGUGAUGACUCUUCAUGUCCCUCAAAACCAGAAACUUGCCAACCCGUUUCCCUGGUGCAGGUCGAUGCCCGCCUCCUCCCGAGACAGGAGCUGCAGAGGCAAUGGGCAGCACACCCACAUCAUUCACUGGGCUGUAUAACCAAACAGCAAAUGCCCAGCUUCCAGCACGUGGCAGCCCAGCGCUGAUGACAUCCUGACAAUACCUGGAGUUGAGUCACACUCCCCACUCUAUGGAUAGGUGAGCCCACAGGGGGAAGCUGGGGCCCCAGAAGGCAGCACUUGGGCAGGAAGCCCUCGGCUCUGAAGGCAGGGGAACCCGGGUGCAGGACAUGGAAGCCUAGGCCACUUCGCUGCUGAGGGAAGUGCAGGACUGUCCCAGCCUGCCUGUCACCCCAGACCCUUCUCCACUCAGACCCUCUGUCUCUUCUUCAGCCAACCAGGGAGGCCAGGUGGCACCACCGGCCAUUCGGGGAGCCUUGGGGCUCCCAGGAGUGACAGAGAGGGCAGUUUGCAAACUGAAGGGCCUCCCACACGGCAGGGGGCACAGCUUCAGCCCCCGCACCGGCACACACCCAAGAGGAAGUGCACUGGAGCCUAAAG